AUGCCUUUUAAAUUAGUGCCACUGGUGGACAAAGAGAUUGAAGAUUUAGAAGCUGCCGGAAUUCUAAUAAAAGUUAAUAAUUCAGAAUGGGCUACACCCAUUGUACCAGUUCUUAAAAAAGAAGGUAAAGUUAGAAUAUGCGGAGACUACAGCGUUACAGUUAAUCCAAACUUAAUUGUAGAUAAUCAUCCAUUACCCACAAUCGAUGAGCUUUUUGCUACAAUGGCAGGUGGUACAACAUUUUCGAAAAUUGAUCUAAAACAGGCUUACUUACAAUUGGAGGUCAGAGAAGAAGACCAACAGUUCUUAACAUUAAAUACACAUCGGGGAUUAUACAAACCCACAAGAUUAAUGUACGGAUUAGCGUCUGCGCCGGCUAUUUGGCAACGAGAAAUAGAGAAUAUCUUAAAAGAUAUUCCAGGAGUUACAGUUUUCCUUGACGAUAUAAAAAUUACAGAUAGUCAUGGAAUACAUAAGGAUAAAAAGAAAAUUGAAGCAAUAGAGCAUAUGCCAAUUCCGAAAAACGUAUCCGAAGUCAGAGCAUUUAUUGGAUUUGUAACAUGCGAAUACGAUGUAGUCGAUGCUUUUCAAAUUGAUACGAUUCAAUCUUUACCUGUUACGUUCGAAAGAUUAGUGACAGCUACAAAACAAGAUACGCACUUACGUCAAAUAUUGGAAGCCUUACAAAGCGGUAAAAAAACUAAUAAAAAAUACAAAUCACGUACCGAUGAAAUAGAAUAUAGCGUACAACAGGGAAUAAUAUUACAUGGACAUCGAGUAGUAAUACCAAAAGUAUUACAGGGAAGAAUAUUACAGGAAUUACAUAGCGCACAUUUUGGUAUUGUUAAAAUGAAAAUGUUAGCACGUAGUCGCGUAUGGUGGUCUGGUAUAGAUCACGACAUAGAGGAAAUUACAAAAAACUGCGCAGAACGCAACGCUAAUAAGAAUAAUCCCCCAAAAAUUAAACAUAAUUGGGAGUCAGCGACUUUUCCAUUUGAACGCGUGCAUGUCGAUUUCGCGGGACCAUUCAAAGGCCAUAAUUUCUUGAUACUAGUAGACGCGUACAUUAAAUGGCCGGAAGUACACGUAGUCAAUAAUAUUACUGCAGAAACGACCAUUAAGAAAUGUCGCGAGAUUUUCUCCAGAUUUUCUACUUCCGAGUUUCAAAAAUUUUUACAACAAAACGGUAUAAGGCAUAAGUUAACAGCACCUUACAAUCCAGCCACCAACGGGCAGGCUGAACGCUUUGUACAAACCUUGAAGAAAUCUCUUUUAAGUAUGGAAACGCAAAAUAAAGAUUUAGAUGUAGUGUUACAGCACUUACUUAUGCAAUAUCGAGUUACACCCCAUUGUACAACACAGACUUCACCCGCCAAAUUAAUGUUCGAUAGAGAAAUAAGAUGUGCGUUAGAUAUAAUGAAACCUACGAAGGAUAGUAAUAAUACAGCGCAGAUACAUGGCGAUAAGAAGUACAGAGAAAUUAAAGAGGGAGAGAGAGUGAGUUGCCGAAAUUAUCUACAAGGAGAUAAAUGGAAUUUCGGUAAAAUAAAGAAACGCGUAGGAAAACUACACUAUUUAAUUCAUCUAGAUGAUGGCCGAAUUUGGAAACGUCACAUAAACCAAAUACGACUGAUUGGAAAAUGUACUCCACAACGCACCAGCAUGGGUGAGAGGAAUAAUUCUAAAUAUGCAAAUUACAAUUCCGAGGGGGAAAAUAGGGAAGUGCUCCAACAGCCACAAGAAAUAGUAGUUGAAAGACCGAUGAAUAUACCACAGUUACGUAGAUCGGAAAGAACUAGAGCACCCCCACAAAGAUACGGAGAUUACGUGACACACUAA